AUGUCUCAAGAGGGGAAAAAGAGGGAAAUGAAUCCAGUGCUGAAGGAAAGGUGUAUGAAUAAUGUAAAAAUUAAAGGGACGAGGCAGCCAGCAGCUGAAUUUGGAGGAAGUGAGAAGAUUUAUAUUGUGGUAGCAUCAUACAUGGGUCUCUCAGAGUUAAAUUGUGGCAGAUGCCCAAUCUUUGAGGAGCCUCCAAUCCAAAGUCAGAGAAGAAAGAAAAAUGCAGAGGAAGUGGUUACGUUCAACCACUUCCUAGAGGAGGCUGCAGAGAAGGAGGUCCGUGGCAAAGCCCGGCUUCAGCACUUCAUUGAGAAUCUGCUGCAGCGAGUGGAUCUGGCGGAGAAGCAGCUUGAAUAUUACCAGAAUCAGCAGAUCAUGGCCAGCUAUAGUGAUGUCAAUGAACACGUGUUUACAGACAUCUCAACCAGUAAGAAAGCCCGAUGCCUCCGUGUAAACCAACACGCUUUUUAUAACACCCCUGAUGCGAAACCUCACUCGUUCCAGAAGGGCCGACUGCACCUGAAGAAAACCAAGGAGGAUAAAAUGGGGGCCCAUCCAAUUAAACUCUUUUAUGAACCUGUGGAUUGUGCGAGGGAACUUUGGAGACCUUUGAAGAAAGGGGAGACCCCAAACGCUUCCCGAAAGGUUAAUGCAAAAUCAAAGAUCAGUAAAAAAAGCAAACAGCUCUACUAAGAGUCUGUACAGAAAUAUAUUAUCUAUCUACUCUAUCUAUAUACAUAUAGUGCAAGAACUAGUAGCUUUGGGCUACCACACAUAGAUAUUAAAUCAUAGCCAUUGUCUAAUCACUGUAUCUUUCCCUAUUCAUUUGGGCUACAAUGAUAUAUUUAUUAGAUAAUAAUCAAUACGUAUAUAGAGAAGACUAAUUAACUGCCUCAUUUCCAAGAGUUUGGUUGUUUACAUGAGGUGCUGCUUUAUUUUUGCAAGAACGUUCUUUCAAUUGAGUCCAGCAUUUCACUGUGCAGGUGCUUCUGAUUGGACAGACAUUUGUUUUAAAAGUCUGUUGUGUUGCUUCAGUUCACAGGAAUUCCACUGGCACUUUGAUGAAAGAGAUCUCUUGGCGGGAGCUUUGGGCCUGGAAUGGGGGUUAGCGGUAGAUGCUGUAAUUCUUAAUGCACUGAGGAGCUAAGAGUCUCCCAUUGAUUGUAGGGCAGAAAUAGCGUGGUGGCAUUUCUUAAAAAGACAAUCAACUGUGAGGGCUCUGAAAGGGUGAUCUCCUCCUUCUCUGUAGAGGCCACCUCUUAUCACCCAGGGCAGGAAGUGAGGAGGAACUGUCAGAUACUGGCAGCCAGUGGCAUUAUCCUGGUAGCCAAGAGAAGCAGCUACUGUGAUUGGUCCCUGCCAAAGCCAAUCCCUGCUGCUGGGGGGAGGGGGUGGGUGGGCAGAUUCCCUCAAGUUGAGCAGAGAGUUGGGUGAGACCAUCCAUGCUACCUUUUCUCAGAGAGUAAAUCAGAGGAGGAGCUCAUUCUGUUUGACCCUACAGCAGCACAGUGACUCCUGUGAUAACAGACAACAGUGCAGUAAAAGCACUAUAGUAAUUAUUUCUGUGCCUUGGGUCAAUACAGAUGCAGGCAUUUAUUUAUUUUUCUCCCCUUUUCAAAAUAUCACCCUUUUCAUAGCACUCAGGGUGACAUAGUGGUGGAGUGCCUCUUUUUAUUCUCCAGGCUUGGGCUGAUGGAGAGUGAUUGGCCCAAAGUGAUCCAAUCAGUGUCAAAGCAUAGUAAGGGAUUUGACCUCGUGUCUGCCGGUUCCAAGGCCGAACAUUCUAAUCAAGAUAUGACUCUGUAUCUUAUAGAGCAGAGGUCUCCAACUUUUACAGACAUGGGGCCUGCAUUUAAUCCACAGGUGUUAGCCUGGGACCUGCUGAGUUGCAAGCACAAGACAGGAAGUCCUGUGACAUCACAGUGAUGUGAUGGGAAGAUAGAAUCGUAUGAGGUGCAUGAUAUAAUAUAGGUUGCAGCCUAAACAGUGCCUUGGAGACUUGUAGCUUUCUAAGAGGGAUAUAAGGGUAAUAAAGAUGUAGCCAGAAUUCUUCCCUAGCGUAGCAGCCCAAACUCAAGGCAGUAUUCCAAUUUCCAAAACAGAGAAAGUGCUCUACCUCACCUGUAGUCUAUGGAAUGGAGCCUGUUCAGCUAAGAUAUUCAUGGAAACAGUAGAACAGCUUAUUGAACCUAGGCAGGCCUGAAUGAGAUACCAGUUGAGAAUCAUAGGGUUUGGGACUCCGCGGGGGAAAAGGUGCGAUAGAGAUACAGAACGUUCAUUUUUUUUAACUGGAGGUAAAAUAUGGAGCUUACUUGAUUGUUAUAUUAUAAUUUAUUUUAUUAUAUUAUUAUUAUCCCUGCAUCUGAUGGGCAGGUUAAUCUAAGAACACUAUUAAGAUAGGCUAGUCUUAUACAUUUAAUGCUUUAAAAAUCCCGCACAGAAUUGUGCUGAGAGGUGCUGGACCCCACCAACAACCCUUCCCCAUGUUGUAUGCAGCUAGGGUUCAGUUGAAUGCUGCUGAACACCAAACGAGUAGCCGAUUAAGUGACUAUCCAGGGAUAGAUGCCUUGGGGCACUUGCCAAGUUUUCCUGCCCAAUUUCAUUUUGUAAAAUUUGAUAUAAUACAAUUAACUAACAUCCUGGACUCUGGUCCUCUAUAACAGGGUAGGCAACAUAAGGCCUACAGGCCAAGUGUGCACCACCAUUUUUAUUUCUUUGUAGAAUCUAGUAAAUGGCUGAGUUUUAAUUUUGAUCGUGUGGUCUGUUUGUUUUUUGUACCAUUUUGCUCAUGUUGAGUGCAAUGGGGCCUUAGUGGUGUGAGGCAAGGUGGGUCAAGAUUCCUGCUAGCAGAAGGCUGGGCUACAUGCUGUCUGGGGCUGGCAACAGCCUUGUCUGUCAAGUCUGCACUGGGUGAUUACAUUAAACAAAGACUCUUCCUUGUUGGAUACAGUGGCAUUAAGUUUUAAGCCCUGUGGCAACCACAAAAGGCAAGCAGGGAAAGGAAGGUUUUUUUGUUUGCCAAGAAACACUAUUCCUGAAAGAAUGAUGUCCUCUCCUAUUUAGAAUAGGCAGCAGAAGAUACAAAGUGUCCGCCAAGGAGUCCUGAAUUAAACAACUAUGGUGGAUUCUGCCCAGCGAAUGCAUAACAGGUUGCAGUUGUUAUAAAGGAACUCGUUUUCCUUUUUCCCGUUCACAUGUGUGCUGUGCAGGCAGUGAUUGGAGCUCAUAGCAAAAACCUGGGUUGUUUUUGUGCCUUCGCACGGAGACACUUCUUUCUCUCUUUUUAAAUGUCUGGCGACACGUGGGUAGCUGUGCAGGCAUACAGAAAUGAAUCCAUCAGCCAUGCCAAUUGACUCCCAAUACAAUUAGCUGCACCUGCAUAGCUGUGCAUGUGCAGCAGGCAAUUUUUUUU